AGUAGCAGCAUUUUAUCAGCAGUAGCAGUAGCAAGAUGUCCGUUCCCACGCUGAGAAAUGACGUGACGGCAGCGGCGGCUAGCAGCAGCAGUAGCAGCAGCAACAUAUGGGAGGCAGCCGGCGAAGGCGACCUUGCGCGAGUUAAGUACCUUGUCGAUGAGCAAGGUAUGAGUCCCAGCGUCGCCGAUCAAUUCACGUACACGCCAUUGCACGCUGCAGCUUCCUACGGACACGCUGAAGUGUUAAGAUACCUUCUCAGCCAUCCCAAAUGUCCUCCGGACGCAGUCAACGUCACCGACUCGGACGGUGACACUCCCCUCUUUGUCACAGAACAGCCGGAGAUCGCCAGCAUCCUCAUCGAAGACUUUGGUGCAGACGCAAAGCACAGGAAUCACGACGAAAGGACGGCUCUCGACGCGGCGGUCGAGAAUGACCACGACGGGCUCGCCGUCUAUCUCUCCGAAGUAACAGGAGCGCCCAUCCCACCGAGAGAGGAGGAUGAAGAUGAAUUGAGAUUCGCAGCAUUGCAACAACAAGAGCAAGAGCAGCAACAGCAACAGCACCACUCGACCGCGAUCGCCAGUGCAGCAUUUGCGGCGAGUGGCGACAGCGGAGACGCGGAUCGAUUAUCGGCCCAUCGCGCGGAUGAGACCAUGGAGCGGGUCCAUCAGAUCAUGAGCCGGGCGCAGGUACGGCAAGAUGCAGCAGCAGCAGCAGCAGCAGGACAGGUGCACGCCACCGGGGAUACGCAAGUGCAGUUGACCGCUCAGGAAGAGCAGGAGCUGCGCCAGGUCGUCGGCGAUUCAGUCGUCAGACAGAUUCUCGACGGUUGGCAUUCAACGCAAGGGCAAUCAUGAACAUUGCAAGGGGAAAAUUCACGCACAGAUGUACAUCAAUUUGCUACACUACAAUAGUCGAGAGCAGGCGAGGCUCACUCUUUCCAUCAUCGUCUUCUGUAACAAGGUUUAUUGGGGUUUAUUAUAUUCCUGCAACUGACUCAUGAAACAUGG